AUGAUGAAUCUGUUCGCAUUGGCGUUGCUGGCCGUGCUCUUCUACGCGUGCAACGUUCAGGGCGCCGCCUCUGUAUCCUCCCUCGGCAGUGGUGUCCGCUUUCUGUAUCAGAACGACUUGGACUGGGCCAGAGCCAAUUCAGCCGCGCGCCAAGCUGGCUACCUGAUUCUGACGACGCCUCUUACUGCUCAAGAUGCAGCUUCAAAGUGUACUGCCCUCAAUGAGGCGCUUGCGCCCACAUCAGCCUUGUCGGAUGCUGGCUUGCAGGCGCAGAUGAGUUAUGCCCUCUUCGAGCGGAGCUACGCUGGUGGUCAGUCUUUCUGGGUUGCUGACCGCAGAGCUUUCGUCGUCACGGCGGGAAAUGAUGGAAAAGCUGCCAUUGCUUUGUCUCAAACUUCCGUAGAGACCAAGCUCCCUGCACUCUGCACCCAGAGUGCGCCCUGGAAUUUUGCCAAUCAUACCGACACAUCUGCUCAAUGGCAGGUAGCAACCUCGAGCAAUGGUGUCCAGUUCAACGGCUUCCGUGAUGCCCUCUCUUUCCGUUUCCAGGCUUUGCCCUACGCCAACCCUACUCAGCGAUUCACCUACUCAUCCGUAUACGACGGGCGCAGCACCGGCAACUACUCGAUCUCUGCACUUGAACGAACGCGUGCCAAGCAAUGUCCGCAGCUCGGAAGUGACACUGCUUACACAGAAGAGUGCCAGGUCGCCAACGUCUUCACUCCGUACCUCCCCUCUGCAUCCGACCUUUCUAAUGGAAAGCCUCUUAAGCCUGUCUUUGUCUUCGUCCACGGGGGAGGAUACCGAUCUGGCACCGGCCUUGACUUUACCUUCGACGGAGGUAACAUGGCAAGUCGCAGUGACGUUGUUGUCGUCACAUUCAACUACCGUCUGGGCACACUCGGCUACCUUGCAUACAAUGACCAGAUCCGUGGCAACUACGGUCUUGGCGAUGUAGUUACGAUGCUCAGGUGGGUGCAAAAAUACAUCAAGGAGUUUGGAGGUGACCCGAACAAGGUCACUGUCGGUGGUCAAUCGGCGGGCGCUCAGCACGUCGAGAGUUUGCUCGCUUCGCCUGCGGCUGCUGGUCUCUUUCAACGCGCCAUGAUCUUCAGCGGAGCAGCACACGACAAUGCAUUUGUCUAUCCAACGAUCCAACAGGCACGCCAAGGCGCGGCAGGCAACGUCGUCAAGUCGCUCGGCUGUGACACAGCUUCUGACCUGCUGGACUGUCUGCGCGGCAAGAGCAUCUCAUCUUUCUUGCAGAAUGCAUACACAUCCAUCGUACAGGAUGGCACUUUCAUUCAAUCGCCGAAGCUUGACAUGAGGCCAGCCAGUCGAGCCUCAGGCCAUGUCAACCGCGUCCCCGUCAUGUGGGGCACGUUACGCGACGAGCAAGCAUCGUUUCAUAUGCCCAACCCAGGCGAAACUGACUUUGUAAAUGCGAUGAAACAAGUCGGCAUUCAGUCCAACUACUCGGACAUUGUGCUCAGGGAUACCAACACGUUCCCUGUCAACGAUUACGGCGUGCGCAACAUGACCAACACCAUCAAGACAGACAUCUACAUCCGAUGCGGUAUCCAAGCAAUGGCGUAUGCUUCGGCGUUAAACAAAGUUUUCCCCAAAGUCUAUUCUUACUCGCAUGAUCAGCGAUCGAUUCAGAUUCCGAACUACGACCCUUUCUACGUGUGCACAGCUCAGAACGGCAACUUGAGCCCUUCGAGCUAUUACAUGUGCCAUUCGGGCGAUCUGAUCCCGAUCUUCCACACUGGAGGAAGCGGAUUUCGCCUUCCUUACCGUGACAACAACGAUCUUGCGUGGAUGGCGACUGUGAUCGAUCAGUUCUCGGCCUUUAUCCGUACAGGUGACCCUGCGCCGUCGAUGGAGUACCUGAGCGCGAGGGGUGCGGCAUAUGCUUCGACACGCGCGAGAACAACAUCGAGCGAAGCAAGAUGGACGCAGCUGACAGCAUCGGACCAGCGCCAAGUUAGCUUUGGGCCGGUGCGGCAGAAAAUGCAGACCGUUGCUCAGAAGGGCGACCAAUGUAGUGCUCUGGGCAAAGGCAUUGACUACAUCGCUAGGCUCUGA